AUAUACCCCCUCCACCCCUGUGGCCUCCCUUUCCCCUUUGGGCUUUGACCGACACCCAUCCUUGGCCUUCCCCUCAGGAUCGGAACCCGAGCAGGCAAUUAUCUGAUUCUCGAGAUGGAAGGCUCCCGGCGGACGCGGCUCCUGGUGGCGUCCCUCUUAUUGUUCUACCUUCUGGCGUCGGCUCACUGCCUGGACUCGAGCUGGGGCAAGAAGAAGAAGAGGAAGCACGAGAUUAAGGGGCCCAUCAAGACGGUGGUGGUUCUGGUGAUGGAGAACCGCUCCUUCGACCACAUGCUGGGCUGGCUCACCACCAAGUCCUCCCGCCCGGACAUCGACGGCCUCACCGGCCGGGAGUCCAACCGCCUCAACGCCUCCGACCCGGACUCCCCGGAGAUCUUCGUCUCGGACGACGCCGUCUUCGUGGACUCGGACCCGGGCCACUCCUUCCAGGCCAUCCGCGAGCAGAUCUUCGGCUCCGCCGACGCCUCCGCCGACCCCGCCCCCAUGAACGGCUUCGCCCAGCAGGCCCACUCCAUGGGCCUCGGCAUGGCCCGCACCGUCAUGGGUGGGUUCAGCCCCGAUGCCGUCCCCGUCUACGCCGCCCUCGCCGACGAGUUCGCGGUGUUCGACCGCUGGUUCGCCUCGGUCCCGGCGUCCACCCAGCCCAAUCGCUUCUACGUCCACUCCGCCACGUCCCACGGCGCCAUGUCCAACGUCCGCAAGGACCUCAUCCACGGAUUCCCCCAGAAGACCAUCUUCGACUCCCUGGACGAGGAUGGCCUCUCCUUCGGCAUCUAUUACCAGAACAUCCCGGCCACCCUCUUCUUCAAGAGCCUCCGCAAGCUCAAGCACCUGCUCAGCUUCCACAGCUACACUCUCUCCUUCAAGCUGCACGCCCUCCUCGGGAAGCUCCCCAACUACGUCGUCGUCGAGCAGCGCUACUUCGACAUCGAUCUCCUGCCGGCCAACGAUGACCACCCCUCCCACGACGUCGGCAGGGGCCAGAGCUUCGUCAAGGAGGUCUACGAGACGCUGCGGGCCAGCCCGCAGUGGGACGAGACCGCCCUGAUCAUCACUUACGACGAGCACGGCGGGUUCUACGACCACGUCCCCACGCCCGUCUCUGGGGUGCCCAACCCGGACGGCAUCAUCGGCCCCGACCCCUAUUACUUCAAGUUCGACAGGCUGGGGGUCCGGGUCCCUACCAUUCUCAUCUCUCCCUGGAUUGAAAAGGGCACGGUGAUUCAUGAGCCUAAUGGACCAACAACACAUUCACAUUUUGAACAUUCAUCGAUUCCUGCAACAGUGAAGAAACUGUUCAAUCUGAAUUCUAAUUUUCUGACGAAGAGGGAUGCAUGGGCUGGGACCUUUGAGAGCCAUUUCUCCCUCCGAAAGACUCCUCGAACUGAUUGUCCAGAGAAGCUUCCUGAGGUGAAGACGCUGAGGCCUUUUGGGCCUAGGGAAGAUGCAACUCUCUCAGAGUUUCAGAUGGAGCUGAUACAACUCGCCUCUCAGCUGAAUGGUGACCAUGUCCUCAACACGUAUCCAGAAAUCGGCAAGGGCAUGACUGUGGCUCAGGCAAACAGAUAUGCGGAGGAUGCAGUUGCAAGGUUUCUGGAAGCAGGAAGGGCUGCACUGAGGGCUGGAGCAAAUGAGUCUGCCAUAGUCACCAUGCGGCCUGCCCUCACUAGCAGGACUUCUGGGGGGGCUACCAAUCCAUCCCUUCAAAACAUUUAUAUUCAGUAAACAUAUACGCAACUGUCUUAGCAGAAAAACAUAUACACAACUGUAGGUAUUGUACAUGUACAUGCCACUUUAAGCCCUGAACUACAUGGUGCCUUAUAUUUGAACUGAUUAUAAUCCACCUUUAUUUUCGGAUGAUCCA